AUGGGUCUGUAUGAGUACAACCGUCUUCCGCAGGGCCUCUGCAACAGUCCCGGGUGCUUUAUGCGCAUGAUGACGAGCAUUUUCAGUGACCAAAACUAUUUGGAUGACUUGCUAGUGUUUGCACCUGAUGAGGAGACUGCCUUGCUGUGCCUGGAGAUGGUGUUUAAGAGGCUGCGUAGACACAACUUGAAGUUAUCCCCUAAAAAGUGCUUCUUCCUCAGGAGGUCUGUAAGGUUUCUUGGCCACAUUGUUGAUGCGAAUGGUGUUUCAACAGACCUCAGCAAGGUUGAGAGCAUCACAAACAUGGUGAGCACUGACCUUAUGGAGUCUGAUGCAUCAACACGAUUUGUUAAAUGUGAGAAAUGUCAUCACUUUUUUGUGGUUCUGUCUGAGACGGACUCUAAAAAGGGACUAAACAAAGAGCCAGAAUCUGCUGCGGAGGCAGUGAAACUGGCAUUUGCACAGAAACCUCCCCCUCCUCCUAAGAAGAUAUAUGCUUACCUUGACAAGUACGUUGUUGGCCAGUCCUAUGCAAAGAAAGUGUUGGCAGUUGCAGUGUACAAUCACUACAAACGCAUCUACAACAACAUUCCUGCUGGGAGUCGACAGCAGGUAGAGGUGGAACAACAGCCUUCUCUAACACCUCGUGAACUAGAGAUGAGAAGACGAGAGGAUGAGUACAGGUUCACAAAGCUGCUGAAGAUUGCGGGGAUCAGUCCUCAUGGAAAUGCUCUGGGAGCGUCCAUGCAGCAGCAGGCAGGCCAGCAGGCGCCGCAGGAGAAGAGGGGCGGGGAGGUCCUGGACUCCACACACACCGACAUUAAACUGGAGAAGAGCAACAUUAUACUUCUUGGUCCCACUGGCUCUGGAAAGACGUUGUUGGCGCAGACACUGGCCCGUUGUCUGGAUGUUCCCUUUGCAAUAUGCGAUUGCACCACACUAACUCAAGCUGGAUACGUGGGGGAAGACAUUGAAUCUGUUAUUGCCAAACUGCUGCAAGAUGCUAACUACUCAGUGGAAAAAGCACAACAAGGAAUUGUGUUUCUGGAUGAGGUUGAUAAGAUUGGCAGUGUGCCUGGAAUCCAUCAGCUGAGAGACGUAGGAGGAGAGGGAGUCCAGCAGGGGUUGCUUAAACUCUUGGAGGGCACAAUAGUCAAUGUUCCUGAGAAAAACUCCAGGAAGCUAAGAGGCGAGACGGUGCAGGUGGACACAACAAAUAUUUUGUUUGUUGCUUCCGGUGCUUUCAACGGCCUCGACAGAAUCAUCAGCAGAAGAAAGAAUGAAAAGUAUUUGGGUUUUGGAACUCCCUCCAACAUGGGGACGGGGCGGCGCGCGGCGGCGGCCGCCGACUUGGCCAACAGCAGCGGCGAGACGGACACGGUGGCUGAGAUCGAGGAGAAGGACCAUCUGCUGAAGAUCGUCGAGGCCAGGGACCUGAUCGAGUUCGGAAUGAUCCCAGAGUUCGUGGGCCGCCUUCCUGUGGUCGUGCCUCUGCACAGCCUGGACGAAGAGACUCUUGUCAGAAUUCUGACCGAGCCACGCAACGCCGUGGUGCCCCAGUACCAGGCUCUGUUCAGCAUGGACAAAUGUGAACUCAACGUGACUCCAGAUGCCCUGAGGGCCAUAGCCAGGAUGGCUCUGGAGAGAAAAACCGGCGCUCGUGGGCUCAGAUCCAUCUUGGAAAAGCUGCUUCUUGAGCCCAUGUUUGAGGUGCCACACUCUGACAUCAUGGCUGUUGAGCUGAACAAAGAAAUUGUCCUAGGAAAAUCCCAACCAACCUACGUCAGAGCGCCAGCCAAGGAGCCCGCAGAGGAGGAGUAUGACUCAGGCAUUGAGGAGGAGAACUGGCCCCGGCAGGCGGACGCAGCCAACAACUGA